AGGCUGGAUGCCCAAGUUGCGCAAUGGGUAACAAACUAAGCUGUUCUUGUGCGCCGCUAAUACGUAAAGCAUAUCGGUAUGAAGAUUCGCCGUGGCAAGCAUCGCGUAGACGGGACGGUCAUCUCCUGAGGUUGUGGGCGGAAGUGUUCCACGUGUCGGCCAGCGGCACUGGCACCGUCAAGUGGCAACAGGUGUCCGAGGAUCUGGUUCCGGUCAACAUCACCUGCAUCCAGGACUCGCCCGAGUGCAUCUUCCACAUCACCGCGUACAACAGCCAGGUGGACAAGAUCCUCGACGUGCGACUAAUCCAGCCGGGAACUCGGAUCGGCCAGGCGUCGGAAUGCUUCGUGUACUGGAAGGAUCCCAUGACCAGCGAUACCUGGGGCCUGAACUUCACCUCUCCUAUCGAUGCCAAACAGUUCCGCGAAUGUUGUUCGCCUUCUUUCAAAUUUUCACGAAAGGCCUCCUCAAGCUAUUCACUAAAACUUGAUCCACCCGGCAAGGGCAAGGUAAAAACGAAAAGAAAACCCCUCAGCACGCCGGCCAGCCCGUCGCGGGCACGUGAGCCGCAGUGCACGUGCAUGACGGCCGAGCAGUACGCACGCAUCCGGGCCCAGGAUCCGCGCUACCGAGGAUCGUCGACGCUGCCCCGGGCCACCAAUCGUGCCACGGAAACGGAAACGCUCAGGAGCGAGAAGAUUGCCACGGCCACGUCGAGCACGUCGCUGUACGACAACGUGGGCGCCAACAAUACUCAGGGAAAUGCCAUCAACGCGCAAGACACCGGCAACCGGCAAACCAAGUCGCAGGAAACGAGCACGAUGACCAACAUCGGAACGGGCACGGCGUCGUCGGGUUCGCAGGUGACGCAGAACCACGUCGGCUCCCAGAUCGGCCAGGACGACCAGAACUCGAACAUGGGCGGUGGUGGAGGCGGCGGAGGUGGAAUCAGCAUCAACAUCAGCGGUGGCGGACAAGGCGGAGGGGGUGGUGGCCAGGAGACUUCAAAAUCCGAAGGAACGCAGGCUGGCGGAACGCUGGAACGAUCGACGAAGACCACCUCGACGGGGACGGGCACCAGGACGAAGGACUUUGGCGAGGACAUGGUGCGGGAUCAGCACGACAUGCACCACAACAUGAUCAACAACAAUCAGGCCAGACGGAACAAGUCCAAGAGUACCGAGGAUAUGAAUGUCGACACCUCAACGAUGAAGCGCAUGCUGAAGCCGAUGCCGAGUGCGGAAAGUCCCGUGACCUCGCCGGAAAUGGGUCGCCGUCGGUACAACUACUACAACUCAGCUACCAACACACCCCACACUCACCAGCAGCACCAGCAGAUGCACCAAGCGCACAUGAUGAACAACAACGGAACCAUGACGCGAAACUCCUCCAGCCAGAACUCGCGCUUUUCCGGAUCAAGAUCAUCUCACGAAAUCGGCCGCGGACAUCAGCACGGUCCCCGCGGGCUAUACCUGGAGCUGGAACGCGAACGAGGCUGCGUCGAGGGCUCCCCACCCUCGGACAACGUCAUGUUCGACAACCAGUGCUACGCGACGACCCCGAGCUCGAGCAACGGCAACUCCGACCAGGAUCAGCCCCCGUACGGCCGGCAGAGCAGCGGCCGACAUUCGCAUCAUCAUCAGAAUCCACCAAACGUGACGCCGACGCCGGGAUCGCCGACCUCGCGGCUGCUGCUCGAGUACGAGAUGCACCUGCGGAACACGCUGGCCAAGGGCAUGGACGCCGAGUCGUACAGUUUGCACACGUUCGAGGCGUUGCUCUCGCAGAGCAUGGAGAACCUGGAGCUGGCGGAGAGUCUGCCCGGGUCGAACCAGCGCAGCCCGUACCCGAUGAGACGCAGAUCAUCAGCCAGUGCCAAAUCCUCAACCCUGCCGCUUCCCCAUCGACUGGGUCCGGAGCGGCCCGUGCAGGUGCGCGAGCGGGACCGUGACCGUGACCGUGAUCGGGACGGGUACUACAGCGACCGGAACGAGCUGAUACGAGAGCGGGAGCGGGACCGCGACCGGGACCGUGGCUAUCUGAGCGAUCACAACUCGAACAGUUACGCGACCGCAUCCCGUUGUGCGUCCUGCAUCGGCGAGUCGGCCCGUGCCCAGUGGUUCCGCCACUCGGACGGUUGGCGAUCGGGCAGUUCGACGUUCGGGUCCGGAUCCGGCCCCGGGUUGGUUUCGUCGCAAAGCAACCUCGGUGGAGGAGGCAUGGGUGGCGGUGGCGGUGGUGGCGUAGGAGGAGGCGGGGGAAUGGGCGUUGGCCCAGGUGGAAACAUGGUCGGUGGAGGAGGUGGUGGCGGUGGCGGAGGAGGUGGCCACAAGCGGUCACCCUGGGACUCGUUGCCAUCGCUGCGGCAGGACUCGAGCCUGAACGAUUCGGGCUACAAGAGCAACCGGGCAGAUUCCUUUGAGCAGAGUUCUGUCUCGUCCAGGGGUGUCUUCGACAGGCAGGACAGCCUCCGGUCGGACUACAUGAGCGACCGGGAGCCGCGGUACGGAAUUGUCCAGCAGGCAUCGAUCGACAGCACCGAUUCGCGGCUGUGCUAUCUGACGUCGUCGGAGAUUUCCGAUGACGACCGCAUGAGCCUGACGACGGCCGUGUCGGAUGAGGACGACGGCGAGAGUGUGAUGGCCUCACCGUACAAAGCAAAGGCCACCGGAACGGCCGCGGCAUCGUUCAACUGCACCGGUGCGGUCCGGAAGGCGGGCUUCCUCUCGGUCAAGAAAUGGCUCCUGCGCAAGAAGCACCAGAUCGAGCUGGCCCGCAAGCGCGGCUGGAAGGGCUACUGGGUCUGUCUGAAAGGUACCACCUUGUUGUUCUACCCGUGCGACUCGCGGGAGGGUCGCUCCGUUGAGGCCGCCCCGAAGCACCUGAUCAUCGUGGACGGCGCGAUCAUGCAGCCGAUUCCGGAGCACCCGAAGCGGGACUACAUCUUCUGUCUGAGCACGGCGUUCGGGGACGCGUACCUGUUCCAGGCGCCGUGCCAGGUCGAGCUGGAGAACUGGGUCAACAGUAUACACAGUGCCUGCGCGGCCGCGUUCGCCAGACAUCGGGGCAAAACGGGCACGCUGCACCUGCUGCAGGAGGAGAUCUUCCGGCUGGAGAAGGCGAUCGAGUCGGAUCACAAGCUGAAGCACAUGGCCGAUCUGCAGCAGAGUGUCGUCAACGAUGGUGAUACGCGCCACCAGAUCCAGCAGCAGAUCCUCCAGUGGGAGGAGAACCUCGAGCGGCUGCACUGCGAGCAGUUCCGUCUGCGUUGCUACAUGGCUUCGCUGCAGAACGGAGAGCUACCGAAUCCUAAGUCUCUCCUGACGCACGUGUCGCGCCCCACCAAGAACACGCUGAACAAGCUGGGCGUCUUCACGGUGUCCUCGUUCCACGCGUUCAUCUGUGCGCGAUCGCCGUCGCUGCUGAACAACCUGCUGGCCGGUCGCGGCGCCACCAAGCGCCGUCCGCCGAUCCUGUCCCGCUCGAACAGUGGCUCGAGCCGGCGCUCGAUGCAGAUGGGCAACCGGGACGACGCGGAAAAGUCCUACAAGGUCGCGCUGCCGGAAAACACCUUCGCCACGGUGUACCUGCGCGAGGGCAUGUCCGUCGAGGAGUUCCUCGCGAGCGCCUGCCAGCGCAAGAACCUCAACCCGAUGGAGCACUUUGUGCGCGUCAAGAAGCGCCGCGAUAUGGAAGAUCACAACUACUUUGUUCCUCACCGUAACGAUCUGAUCGAAACAUAUCUACACACCCACGAGAUGGUCGAGUGCUGCGCCAAGAUCCUGUACCAGGUGGAGCUGCAGCGUGGCUCGCUGGAGCAGAUGUGGGGCUUCUCCGUGGAGGCCGAACUGAUCGAGAACGCCGAUCGGCAGGACGAGCUGUGCUGCUACGUGAGUCGCGUCGAGGACAAGAGCCUGGCCAUGCAGAACGGAGUCAUCAAGAGCGACGAAAUUAUUGUGAUAAAUGGCGCGAUCGUAUCCGAUCUGGACAUGAUGUACUUGGAGAGUGUCCUGCAGGAAGAGCAAGCCUUAUGCAUGAUGAUGAGGUCCUCACGCACUGAACCUCCGGAUCUAGUGGGUAUCAUGCGCUCAACGGACGACAUCAUCGAGUCGCUAGUGUGUCCUCCUCCUCCCUCUGAUCCUCCAGUCAUCAGUGAGGAGAUGAUCUCCGGUCUUAUUGUUCCUGCCCCCAAUUGGCGUAAGGAGGUGUACUCGCCCGAGGUCGAAAGCUCGCCAGUCCCGUCCGGUCUGGAUCCGCACAUGGACCGCUCCAAGCAGUCAUCCCGCACGAACAGCUUCGAGAUCGAGAAUCUGCUCAAGUCAGCCGAACAGGUCACCGGCUUCUGCCGAUCGCCGCAGGAGACACGCAAAUCCAGCCCCACCGGAUCGGUGGCCUCGUCCGUGUCCAACGCCAUGCUGACGCCCUCGCGCCAGCUGUCCGACGCCGAGAAGCUGCGCAAGGUGAUCCUCGAGCUGGUUGACACGGAGAAGACCUACGUCAAGCAUCUGAACAACCUGCUCGAGUACUACCUGGAGCCGCUGAAGCGCGAAACAUUCCUAUCAAACGCCGAGAUCACCGCACUGUUCGGCAACAUCCAAGAGAUCGUCACAUUCCAACGGCAGUUCCUAAACAACCUGGAGGAGGCGCUCGACCUCGAGCCGGACUUCCACCAGCUGGAGCAUCCUAGUCAAUUCAAGAACGUCCUCUUCGCGAUCGGUUCCGCCUUCCUGUACUACGUAAACCACUUCAAGCUGUAUUCCUCGUUCUGUGCCAGCCACAGCAAGGCGCAGAAGGUUCUACAUCCAAACGAAGGCAACCAGGCGCUGCAGGAGUUCCUGGUGGCGCGCAACCCCAAGCAGCAGCACAGCAGCACGCUGGAGUCGUUCCUGAUCAAGCCGAUCCAGCGCAUCCUCAAGUAUCCGCUGCUGCUGCAGCAGCUGCGCAACCUGACCGACCCGAACGCCGCCGAGCAUCUGCACCUGGUCGAGGCGCUCAAGGGCAUGGAGAAGGUCGCCGAGCACAUCAACGAAAUGCAACGAAUCCACGAGGAGUACGGCGCGAUCUUCGACCAUCUGUUCCGCCAGCACCAGAAGUCCUGCAAGCAGCCGAUCGACCUCAGUCCUGGCGAUUUGCUGUACUACGGGGGCGUCGAGUGGCUGAACAUCUCGGACUUUCUUGGCAAGAUCAAGAAGGGCCUGGAGCUGCACGCCAUGUGCUUCGUCUUCAAGUCGGCCGUCGUGUUCCUGUGCAAGGAACGGCUGCGCCAGAAGAAGAAGCUAAUGGGUGUGUCCAGCAAGAACGCCACCAACGAGGUGGAGAUCAUCCGCUACCAGGUGUUGAUCCCCGUCACGGAGGUGCAGGUGCGGGCCUCCUCCGCCAAGGACAUGGACUCGCACUUCCUCUGGGAGCUGAUCCACCUCAGAUCGCAACUACAACGAAGGUCGGAGAAGGUCUACGUGCUGUCGAAUAGCACCGGUGACUUCCGCAACGCAUUCCUCAAGACGAUCCGCCAAAUCAUUCGCGAGAGCGUCCGCAACAUGUCGAUUCCGUCGUUGAAGAGCAUGGGCGGCAGCAUGAACUCGAUGACCGGCGUCGGCCUCUCGUCCGGCAACUCGCAAACCCUGGAACGCCCCAAGCAGCAGGCCCAGAUCAUGCCGGGUUCGCAAACGCUCGGCAAGCCGAAGAAGCACAAGAUCAACCAGCGGCACUCGUCCGGCAACAUCGACUACGACAACACCACGUCCGGCAGCCAGGAGGCGGACGAUCCGCCCGUGCCGCAGUACAGCGGCCAGUUCCGGAUGCGCAGCAAGACGGUCGGCGAUGUGGGCGAGCAAGUUGCCGCGUGCAGACGCAACAUGAGCGAGCGUGAGCGCGAACGCGAGCCGGAAAAGGCCGACCCGGGAACCAAGUCCGAGGGUGAGGACGACUCGCAGCACGGUACAGUCAAGCCCAAGUCGUCGCUGGGCAAGACUCCGAACCAUCUCACCUUGAGCACGACUUCAACGCUCUCGGUUGGCAGUACCGGAAGCCAGGCCCGUCUCAUCCAGUCGUCGCAUCCGCCGGCCACGUACCACCCGGUACUGAUGAAAGACCUAGGUAAGCGAAAUUCUCCCAGUAGCGAUAAGAGUGUCGUAGAUAUGUUUAAGCCGGAACAGACCAAGACGACCGAGACGAACACCACCACCACCACCAAAUCCACCUCAACCGCUACCGAUACCGACUGCGCGAUGGAUAAGCACCUUAAAAAUCUUAACCUAGACAGUCUAAUCGAAACGGAUAUUGUUCAGUACAUGGAUGAUUUGCGCGAGAAGCACCUCGAGAGUGAGCAGGGCAAACAGCAAACACCUUCGACGACCUUGACGACAACCUCGACCACACUGACCACAGUGACCACAAUCUACACACAGUCCAACAGUACACUCGACUCCCAGUCCGGCGAUUCCGCCGAUGAGCUAAAGAGCGGCGAUGAAGAUUCGCCCAAGGAGGACGCGAAGCAGCAGUCCUCGCCGGACGAGUUCGCUUCGCCUCCUCCUCCCAUCGAUCCGCGCAACAUGUUGAGCGCGUCGUCGGCCAACUCGUCGCCGGACGCGACCUCCAGCCCGAACAUCGACAAGUCCAAAUCGCCCAAGCGGGCCAAGGUGGAGCGCGAGAAGAGUCCGAUUAAGAUCAUUAAGAUUAAGUCGCCGCGGAAUAGUAUCGAUAUCGAGCGGAACGUGAGGAUCGAGAAGAGUCCGGAUCGGGCCAGGCGUUCGUCAAGUCCGAACCCGAACCGGAAGGCUGGCGAAGGAAUUCUGAAGAAGAAGGCCGCCAACGGAGGGGUUGUGGGAGGUAUUCUGAAGCGGUCGUCCAGCCCGAACGUUAGCAAGCCGUCGGAGAGCUCGGACAGUACGGCGUCCAAAACCGAUCCCAAUCUGUCUUCGGACUACGAGCAGUACCAGGGUUCGUCGAGCCGGUGCUACCUGUCCAUGUCCAGCGAGUACCUGGGUGUGGAGAAGGACUACCCGCACAUCUACCAGAACCUGAAGGAUACCAAGGAGGAGCGCCACCGGCGGGCGAAGCGUAGUGCCUCGGUGGGCAGUGCCGAGCGGAAGAGACUGGGUGACAUGUACGACUCCUACGGGUACUCGCCGAACACCAGCUUCGAGACGACGAGCUCCAUUGACAGUCGCAAGCGGUACAGCUUGUCGUCGGAACGAAGCAAGUCGAUCAGCCGUAGCAGCUCCCCGGCUAACGCUUACAGUCGAGACGUUUCACCUAGCCGGUACUACGCCCGAGGUUUGUCCCCGCAAACCACCGUUACCCGUGGCCUGUCGCUUUCUCCACAAGCCUCCUUCAAGGGGAUCUCGCCGCAGACUUCGUUCAGCCGGGGAGCUUCUCCCCAGCGGAACUACAGUCGCGGAGCGUCGCCACAGCGCGGUACCAACGUAUACAGCCGAGGCAGCUCUCCACAGCGUAAUACCAACGUCUACAGCCGAAGCAGCUCCCCCCAGCGAAACUACAGCCGAGGCGCUUCACCGCAACGCGGCGGCUACUACCGGAGUCAGUCACCUCCGCAGCACUACGCUCGAGGACUUUCCCCCAGCUACAGUAGAGGCCCCUCACCGCAGCACUCUCGCCGCAGUAGCCGCGCGUACUCACCACCAAAACACACCAACCGCGGUGGAGUGUCCCCCCAACGAUUCUACAGUCGAGCUCCGUCACCGGAACGCCACUACAACCGAGGCCCGAUGCCCAUCCCGAAGUCGUACAGCCGAAGUUCCUCCCCCCAACAGCGCUCGUACCGCCUAACGUCAUCCCGCUCCGUCGACAGCUCGACCUUCAUGGACUGUGACCACCCGCAAGCAGCACCCAGCGUGCACUACGCCCGCAUCGACCACGAUCCGCACCAAUCGCACCGGAAACCUCAACCACUCCCGCCACAAUCCUCCCAGCAACAACAGCAGCAGCCCAUCUACGCUUCUUGUAUGGAGUGCGGCGUCCUGCAGCAGGACAUGCAGCCUCCAUAACAAAAAGCCCGCGCGCGGCAAAGUCGUGCGCGGAAGAAAUCCUCCCGGGCCAAGCUGUUCCACCAGGCCAGCUUCGACACGCAGGGUUCGUUCGAUCUGGACGAGAUUCACGUUUAGGUUAGGCCGUUACACACUUGCGUUGCACACUACCAC